AUGAAGCACCACCAGGGAGCGUGCACGGCCUUCCUCGCCUCGAUGUUGGCCGUCAACGUCGUCAGCGGAGGCCUGCUCGGGGGCGGGGCCGGGGGCAGACCGUCGGGCCUGUACGGAGCGCCGGCGUUCGGGGGCGGCAGCGGCGCGUUCGGGGGCGGCUCCAAGCCUUCGACGGCCUUCGGGACGCCGGUGUUCGGCGGAGCUGGGGGUUUCGGCGGCGGCGGCGCGACUGUCUUCGGGGGCGGCAAGCCUUCUGCCAUCUUCGGAGCUAACGGGGGCGGCUCCGGCGGGGACUUCGGAGGAUACAAUGGCGUCUUCGACGGCGGAGUGCCGCAGCCUUACAACUUCCAGUACGCCGUGAAGGACGCCCCUAGCGGCAACGACUACAAGCAGCAAGAGAGCAGCGACGGUUACACCGUGCGGGGAGAGUACCAGGUGCUGCUGCCUGACGGCCGCAACCAGGUGGUCAAGUAUCAAGCCAACGACGCCACCGGAUACGUCGCCGAUGUGCAGUACCAGGGCGUGCCAUUCUUCCCGCCUUCCAGCGGCCAAGGUGGCGGCUUCGGCGGAUCUUCAAGCGUAGCCCAAGGAGGCUACGGUGGAUCUUCAGGCAGCUUCGGUGGGUCUUCAAACGGAAUACAAGGAGGCUACGGUGGAUCUUCAGGCAGCUUCGGUGGGUCUUCGAACGGAAUCCAAGGAGGCUACGGCGGAUCUUCAGGCAGCUUCGGUGGGUCUUCAAGCGGAGGCCAAGGAGGGCACGGUGGAUCUUCAGGCAGCUUCGGUGGGUCUUCGAACGGAAUCCAAGGAGGCUACGGCGGAUCUUCAGGCAGCUUCGGUGGGUCUUCAAGCGGAGGCCAAGGAGGGCACGGUGGAUCUUCAGGCAGCUUCGGUGGGUCUUCGAGCGGAAUCCAUGGAGGCUACGGUGGAUCUUCAGGCAGCUUCGGUGGGUCUACAAGCGCAGGCCAAGGAGGGCACGGUGGAUCUUCAGGUGCCUUCGGCGGGUCAUCGGGUGGUAGCCAAGGCAGUUAUGGUGGAUCUUCGAGCGGAGGACAUAGUGGAUACAGUGGAUCUUCAGGUGGUUUCGGAGGAUUUUCAAGCGGAGGCUCCGGUGGUAGCCACGGAAGUUCUUCAAGCAGCUCCAGUGGGUCUUUGAGUGGAGCCCUGGGGAGCUAUGGAGUCCCUACGAGCGGAGUUCAGGCCGGCUUCGGUGGGUCUUCAGGGGGUUUUGGAGGAUCUUCAAGCGGAGGCUCCCAUGGUAGCCACGGAAGUUCUUCAAGCAGCUCCAGUGGGUCUUUGAGUGGAGCCCUGGGGAGCUACGGAGUCCCUACGAGCGGAGGUCAGGCCGGCUUCGGUGGAUCUUCAGGGGGUUUUGGAGGAUCUUCAAGCGGAGGCUCCCAUGGUAGCCACGGAAGUUCUUUAAGCAGCUCCAGUGGGACUUUGAGUGGAGCCCUGGGGAGCUACGGAGUCCCUACGAGCGGAGGUCAGACCAGCUUCGGUGGGUCUUCAGGGGGUUUCGGAGUAUCUUCAAGUGAAGGCUCCAGUGGUAGCCACGGAAGUUCUUCAAGCAGCUCCAGUGGGUCUUUGAGUGGAUCCCUGGGGAACUACGGAGUCCCUACGAGCGGAGGUCAGGCCGGCUUCGGUGGAUCUUCAAGUGGAGGCACCGGUGGUAGCCACGGAAGUUCUUCAAGCAGCUCCAGUGGGUCUUCUAGUGGAGUUCAUGCAAGCUACGGAGUCCCUACGAGCGGAGGUCAGGCCGGCUUCGGUGGAUCUACGGGUGGAGUCUCCGGCAGUCAGGGAAGCCAAACAGGGCAAGCAGCGGGUCCCGCUGUCUCCAACGCCUACCUACCCCCAAACCACAAGAAGUAA